UAUUUAAAAAAAAUGAGAAGCUAUUGCCCUUCCAUGACUUUGAGGGAUUUCUUUGCCCUACACAGGAAUGAACAACCAUGACCCGCCGAUGCAGCAAGGCCCAGCGUUUAGCUUCGGCACACGUCAUCGUGACUCACAUGCCAACUGUUCCCCAGGUCCUGGAUACCUCGUUCCCUCCAACAUCACCAGGGUGGGUCGGGAUGGAACCCCUGCGUACUCCGUCUACGGCCGACCUAAGGAUAUUCAGCCCUUUAAAACCCCUGGCCCAGGCAGUUACUCCCCUGAAAAUGCAACCUUUCACUCUGCCCCUGCGUUCUCUCUGUCUGCAAGGACUAAACUGUUUCGUAAUGAACAAACACUAGGUCCAGCUGCAUACAUGCUUCCCCCAGUAUUAGGGCCAAGAGUUGUGAAUAAAGCAUCUGCCCCAAAUGUCUUCUUUGGCGGUCGUAGCGAAAUCGGCAGCUUCUAUGAAGAUCUGCGGAAGACUCCAGGCCCAGGGACCUACCAAGUGGUGAAUUCAGGGGUGUACAAACGCAAGUCCCCUGAGUACAGCAUGACUGGACGCAACUUCUCACCUGGAGACACUACAAAGAAACUAGGACCUGGGGCCCACCAUCCAGAAAGGGUCUGUACCAGGCUAACAUAUACAAUACUGUUUUAUACUACUAUACUAUCCUAUAUUUUGUCUGAGGAGAGUGAUGACGAUGAUGAUGACGACGACGAUGACGACGAUGACUGUAGUCUGUUGCCAAGGAUAGACAGAUAG